AUCCCAAUGUUAACAACGCGGGUAAUCUUUAAAAAAAUAUAAACAUCUUGAACUGAAGUUGUUUAAUUUGGGCCUAUGCUGCAUGCUGAUGAAGAGCUAUGGAAAACAUAUGUGAUAGUGACAGCAAUGUGUUUGAAAGCAGCCAAGGGCGUAAGAGAGAAAAUUCACCACAGUGCAAGGAGAACAUGUCAAGGGUAGACCAUUACAUGAGUCCAGUAGAAUGCCUGCGAUUGAAGAACAAUCUAGUGGAAAUCAUGGAGGAGUUGAAAUUAAGGAGGUUGAAUGAUAAAGAAAAUGAGGAGAGAAUUAAAAGAGCUGAUCAAGCAAAAUAUGAGUUCAACAGAAAAUGUGAGGCAGAAUCACUAAAGUUAACCGAGGCAACAGAGCAAUACAAAAAACAAUUAAAAGAUGCUGAAAGGAUGUAUAAUGAAAAACUGUCUAGAAUGGAAGAAGAAAUGAAACGGCAAAAAGUUUUCAAAGGUUGCACCGAGAAAGAAAUAAAUGAGUUGAAGGAUGAAAUCCGGAAUUUAGAGGUGGUGAAAUACACAAUACAAAAAGAUCUGAGAGAACAAGAGAGAAAACUGCACCUCCAUCUUCAGUCCUCGGAGCAGCAUCUGAACCAGCUUACUGAAACCGAACAGAAGUGCCAGGCCCUCCAUCACCAGUGUAAACAGUUGAGUGAGACUCAGACAAUGUUGGAGGAGAGUGUCCAGCAUGCAAUAAAGCACAACCAGACAUUGAUGUACAUAAAUGAACACCAGAAAUGCAUCAUCAAUAAAGAGAAAGACCGCUCUCUCAGUAUACAAUCAGAACUUCUGCAAGUCAAAAGUCUGCUGCAGCAGAAACCAGAUAAAACCAGUCAGCACCAGUACCAACAAGAAAUCUUGUCACUUAAUCAAAAGCUAGAAAGGAUUAAAACAGAAAAAGAGAAUGCUUCAGAAGAGACCAGAGAAAGUAAAGCAAAGCAUGAGAAAGUGUUCCAGAUAUUGCAGAAUACACACCUACUGUUACAACAUCAGAUUGAAAUUGUUGAAAUAAACAAAAAGAAUUCUUCUCAACAAAAACUGGUCAUUGACCAACAACAGAAGGAAUUGACAGAAGUCAGAGGUGAAUUACAGGAUGUCGAGGCUAAGAUUACAGCACAGAAAGUUCAGCACAGGGAAGAGGUGGAAGAAUGGCGACAAAAGAACACACAACUUCAAGAGGAGUUUGACAGAGUUAUGCUAGAGCUGUCAGAAGAAAAGAAGAAAUGUUCCAAUUUGGAGGACCUAAAUACAGCUUGGUCAAAUCAGAAUAAUCACCUAACAGACCAACUACAGUCCACCAAGGAACUACUGAACAAACCAAAGCAGGAGCAGACCCAGCAAACAGAGGCAAGCUGGAUGAACAUGGUGGAGCAGGAGAGUCAGGUUGAGGUAAUAUGUGCAGACAUAUCAGUCCAAACAAACUCAGUCCAACACAAGACUGUUUGCUCUCAAACCCCUGCUCCUGAUCUCAGAGUAUCAACUACACAAACUAGAGACCCAGCACUGGCCAACAACAGCACCCAGACAGACAGAGUUGUUCUACACAGUGUGUCCGUGCAAGCAGAGAUCAUCGAGUACAAAUCUAAAGAGAGGCUGUUUUGCAAGUCAUUGUCCUCUACCAACAGUCCUCAUCAAGUACUCGGUCAACAAUCUUUGGAAAGUCGAGCAGUGCGGUCUAUAUCCACUGAUUGCAGUCAGUCUACCUCACUAGCUGCAUCCACUAUUUCCUGUCAACCACUGCAAGAUUUACAACCCCAGUCAACCAAUCAACCAGAGAGUCAGUCUAAUACUAGUCAAACUUCAUCAACUGACAAUAGUCAGUUACCACAUGCUGAGAGUUGGAAUGUAUCAGACGACACCAGUCAGUUGAUGACAGUUGCAGUGAACUGUCAGCAAAUGACAGAAGGCCAACCAAACAGUAAUACUCAAUUGAAAAAUGAUAUCAAAGCCAGUCAGCCUAAAUGUCAAUAUGGUGGUGGCCGACAUUCCUUUCAGUUUCUUGAUAAUAUCCAGAUGGUUAACGAGACUGUAACUGUCAGUGAUGGACAAUCUUAUAAUGAACCUGAUAGUCAAGGAAAAUCCAUCAUUUCCAAAAACGAAGACUGUGCAAAUAUGACAGACAGCCAUCGAACUGCAGACGCAACUGAUUGCCAACCAAAUACAUCCUGUGAGAAGAUUGUGUCAGCUGACACAUCUGAACCACAAGUGAGCAUCAAAAUUGUCAGGUCUACUGGAAAUCUUUUCAAAAGUCAAUCUGUCAACAAAAUAGAAAGUUAUAAAACUGAUGUGCAGAAAAUAGAUAGUUACAAAACUGAUGUACAGGCAAGCAUCCUCACAUAUAGUCGAACAAAAGUAAUCGAAAGUGAUCCUGCCCUCUCUGAGUGUGACCAGCAUGACAAGAAUGGCGAGACUAACGAUCUUGACAAGACCUGUGAAUCUCCCAAAAGUCCAGGAGGCUCCAGACGAAGCCUGUCAUUAUCAAAACUGAAAAAUCCAUCCACAACAAACGUGACUCAGCCUGAUCCAUCUGUUUCAUCGCUAUUUGAUCAAGACAUGGUUGUUGUAAACCCAAGACCUAAUCCACAAAAGGAUGAAUUGGACCGGCAGUUCCACAAUGUAAAAGGCAUUUUAAAAGAUGUAAGACAAGAUAAUAUCUCCAAGAAAAAAAAUGUAACCUUCAACAGCUCACUAGAUGUGCAUCAGUAUUCACAGGCAUCUGUAGGGAGUCCUGGGCAUGAUGAUGGAGACAGGGAUCUCUUCUCAGAUGAUGAAGCUGACGGGGAAGAUAAGUGUUCGAAGGAUGGGGCACAUGGAUCAGUAAAGGACAAAUGUCUGCCAGUUACUACUCUGACUAUUGGAAAAAACAAAGUGGAAUCUUCCAACACCUUUGCUAGUUAUGUGGAUGACUUCCUUCCCGAUACACGUCCUUCCCUCUGUAGAAUCAUCUCAACAGAGCCUGUCUGUGCUGGUGAUUCUGAUCUACAGAUGCCUGCUGAAACCAGAUUUUCACAGGACGAGGAGAUGAAAUGCAGAAAAUCAAGCAUUUCAAUAAAUACACCAUGUGACAGUGGUGAUGGGUUCCCCAGGUUGUCAUCAAGAGGCACGAUAAGUGUGCCCACAUCCAACAGAAUAUUCCCAGUGCUGGAGAUCCCCAGUGUAUCAGAAGUGACUCUAUCAACCGCAACUCUCUCCAACCAGUACAAACGCACCAUUGAUGCCAUUCUCAACAAAGGCAAAAAACUUAAAACUGAUCACUGACUGGCUUUUAUUGUUCACUUUAAAUUUCACUUCCAUUCUGUUCAGUGAAAGAUAUAAGUAUUAUAUCCAUUAUUUCUUUUAACUGUAUGCAUUUCAACUCAAUUAAGAGAUCAAUUAAAUUUUCAUAUAAGACCACUAUUUAUAUGGUUAAUCUUCUUUAAUGUUUUUGUUUGUUGAGAUAAAUAAACUCAGAAUAUACAUUGUUGACUUUGAUGUAUUUUCUCAUAAUCAACAAAUAAAUCUUCUUCCACCCAAAGACUAAUUAGAAGGAUUAAAAGAUAGCCAAAUUUGAUGGUUGUCGCAAUAGCCAACACAACAUUUAAUGUAGUUAACAAUGCACAUACAUGCUUACUUAACAAGAGGCCUAUGGGCCACAUCACUCACCUUAGUCAGCUUGUCCCUGCUAUUUGUUCAGCUGUUGUGAUUUUUGGAAGUAUUUUUUCAGUCUUUAUUCCCAUGAAAGAUUUUGACCCCAUAUUGUGGCCACAACGCA